UCUAUAUGAUUCCCAUGUGAGCAUCUCUCCUUGGAUGCGACCUUCCAACCGUAUAGUUCACCGACUUUUGCCACGCGCUGGCUACUCACUAGUGGUUUCUUCAGAGAAGACUGGGACAAGUCAUCAAAAUUCCUAGUAAGAUUUUUUUUUUUCUUUCUUGGGUUUUUCUUCUCUCUGCAUAUGCUUUCAGUAACUCAGAGUCGGUUGUCUAGUUUUUGGUUUGAGCUUGAAGCAAAUAUCUUCUUCUACAUGGUUGAGAGAUUGAAGCGGUAGUAUCUCAGUUAAGGGGCACCACUUCUUUCUAGCUUCUUUGAGCCACUAUGAUACAGAUAUAAUCAUAUAAAGAUGAAGUCUUUGAGUAGUGUAGGACUUGGAUUGAGUCUUGUUUUUGGAUGUCUUUUCUUGGCCCUUGCUGCUGAGCUUUACUAUUUGUUAUGGUGGAAAAAGAGGAUUCCCAACAGACAUAAUAUCGAAGAUGGUUAUAGCAGCACAGGAACAGUGGCCAAAGAGUCUUUCUACAAGCUUUGUUGGAAAAAGCCCUCAUCUUUAAGAUCCGCUACUCUGAAACUGAAUCCACAACAUGUUUGCUCUUCUCAUGAGACCCUUGUCCAUGAACCUCAAGCUCAACAUCAUGGCAAUUCGAACAAGGAUUUAUGGCCCUAUGAAGAAGAUAGUGUGGAGGCAGAACUCGUGAGGAUGCAUAACUUCUCGGGGCCUCCUAGAUUUCUCUUCACCAUCAAAGAGGAAACAAGAGAAGAUUUGGAGUCUGAGGAUUCGAAAUCUAGAGGGGAAAGGAGUAGAAAAGGAUCAAGGAGUAAGAGCUUAAGUGAUCUUUUUCACAUAGUGGAAACUCCUUACUUGACACCUAUAGCUUCACCGCCAUAUUAUACACCCCCUUUGACUCCAGUGAAGUCCUUGUACAAUGGCCAACCUGGUUUUAAUUCAUUCUUUGGGUCGGCUAAUGAAGCAGAGUUCAAUUGGUUAAGGUCUUCACCUUCUCCGAUGUUUCAAUUGCUGAAGGAUGCUGAGGGCAAACAGUUGAGAAGAAAACUCACGGUCACAGAAGAGAUUGAUCAAGAUUUUGUUCACAGAAAUGAUGUUCCUUCAACUUCAACUAUUCUCAUGGAUGAAGAAAAUGAAUCAUUUAUCACGCUUGUUGUUAAUAAGAAAAAAGAGUUGAAGAAUGAUCAACAUGAUCAGAAUGUGAAUGUGGUUCAAUUUCCCUCCAACACUUCGCAGGUACUCCCCCUAGCUUCUUCACCUCCGACAUUCAAAUUAACGUCCGAUAACAAGUACACCAUGGAUCAGAUGCUCCAGCAAGGUCAAUAGAAGGGUCUUACACCAGUGCAAAAAUCGUCAAGUAUCGACAAAAUUCAAGGAGACAACAUUCUCAUUUAGAUAAAGAAAUCUGAAACUGAUGUUGAGAGGUGUCUGAUGCCAGUGGAAGACCAGUGGGUUGGUUCGUUUUAUUCAAUCUCCUGUCUCCUGAGUUGGCUGGAUGUUCCUGUAAUUAGCUAAUUAUCCCUUUUCUGGGUUGUGUAAUCAUGUACUGCUGACGACUAAGCCUUUACUGAAAAUCAAGCCACGGUGUUAGUGUUACUGCUACAGAUGAAUGUUAAUCAGCAAGUAUUUAUUGUUUUCUGGCACAAUAUUCCCUUUCACUCUGUUCCUGACAUUUACAUUUUCUGAUUA